AUGGCUCCUUUCCGAGGCGGUGGCGGUGGCCGUGGUGGUUUCGGUGGUGACCGUGGUGGCCGCGGUGGCGGUCGCGGCGGUUUCGGUGAUCGUGGUGGUCGCGGUGGUGGUCGUGGAGGUGGCCGUGGCGGCUUCGGUGACCGUGGCGGUCGCGGUGGUGGUCGCGGUGGUGCCCGUGGUCGCGGUGGUGUUGGCAAGCCGAGGGGUGGCCGUGGCGGCGCUGCUGGCGGCCAGAAGGGAGGCCAGAAGGUCAUUGUCGAGCCCCAUCGCCACGAGGGCAUCUUCGUUGUCCGCGGCAAGGAGGACGCCAUUGCGACCCGCAAUUUGACUCCCGGCGAGUCUGUCUACGGCGAGAAGCGUGUCUCCGUCGACAACCCCGUCACCAACGAGGACGGCACCACCACCAACACUAAGAUCGAGUACCGCGUGUGGAACCCCUUCCGUUCGAAGCUGGCUGCCGGUGUCAUCGGUGGUCUCGACAGGAUGUACUUCGGCCCCGGCUCCAAGGUCCUCUACCUUGGUGGUGCCUCUGGUACUUCCGUCUCCCACGUUGCCGACAUUGUCGGCCCUACCGGUUUCGUUUACGCCGUCGAGUUCUCUCCCCGCUCUGGUCGCGACCUGAUCGGCAUGGCUUCCAAGCGCACCAACGUCGUUCCCAUUGUUGAGGACGCCCGUCAGCCUCUCAAGUACCGCAUGAUCAUGCCCAUGGUCGACUGCAUCUUCGCCGAUGUGGCCCAGCCCGACCAGGCCCGUAUCGUCGCCAUGAACGCCCACCACUUCCUCAAGGUUGGCGGUGGUAUCCUCAUCUCCAUCAAGGCCAACUGUAUCGACUCCACGGCCCCUCCCGCCAAGGUCUUCGCUCAGGAGGUCGAGAAGCUCCGCGCGGAGCGCAUCACCCCCAAGGAGCAGCUGACACUUGAGCCCUUCGAGCGUGACCAUUGCCUGGUCGCUGCUGAGUACAACCGUUACGGAAAAUAA